GAACUAGGGCGGGUCGACGUCUUACUGACGUCAGUGUAAACGAAUCACACGCUUUCUUCUGCUAUAGUUCUGACCAAUGGGGAGCCGUUUGAAUGCAGCCCACCGACCAAUGAAGGUUCGUGCAGGCCAGCUUUUUGAAAACGUUGGCGGCCGGGAGAGUUCGAGAUAGUAACUCUGGGGUUUCUUUACCUAACCGUGAAUACUUCCGUCCUUCACUACAAUGCAGAAUAAGGAAAAUCAUGAGCCCAGGGGUUUCACACGACCGUUCACAGCCACAAGCCUGAUGGCAGGCCCACAGCGGGCUCAGGUGAAACCGCGAGCAGAGAUGGACCAUAAUGCCACCACAGGCUCAGGUAGAGAGUGUGUUGGCGCAUCCUCCAGCGCAGCCCCAAAGAAAUUCUCCAUCAAUGACUUUGACAUCGGUCGACCUUUAGGGAAAGGCAAAUUUGGAAAUGUGUACCUUGCAAAGGUGAAGGCUCUGGACUCCAUUGUGGCACUGAAGGUGUUGUUCAAGUCACAAAUGGAGAAGGAAGGCGUGGAGCAUCAACUCAGAAGGGAGAUUGAGAUUCAGGCACAUCUUAAGCACCCCAACAUUUUGCGCUUCUACAAUUAUUUCCAUGAUCAGACCAGGGUGUUCUUGGUGCUUGAGUACGCCCCACGUGGUGAAAUGUACAAGGAGCUUCAGAGAUGUGGAAGAUUUGAUGACCAGCGUACUGCAACAUACAUGGAGGAGAUAUCGGACGCACUGUUGUAUUGCCAUGAAAGGAAAGUGAUUCAUCGUGAUAUCAAGCCAGAGAAUCUGCUUCUGGGCUAUCGUGGAGAGCUGAAAAUUGCAGAUUUUGGAUGGUCUGUCCAUGCACCCUCUCUAAGACGUCGUACAAUGUGCGGGACUCUGGACUACCUCCCUCCAGAGAUGAUUGAGGGUCAUACUCACAGUGAGAAGGUGGACCUGUGGUGCAUCGGGGUCCUCUGCUACGAAUGCUUGGUCGGCAACCCACCUUUUGAAACUGCCAGCCAUUCAGAAACAUACAAAAGAAUUAUGAAGGUAGAUUUGAAGUUCCCAAAAAACAUCUCAGAUGGUGCUCGGGACCUGAUCUCCACGCUGCUUCGCCACAGCCCCGCCGAUCGUCUCUCGCUAAAGAAUGUAAUAGAUCAUCCGUGGGUGCGCGCCAACUCUCGCAGAGUCCUACCUCCCGUCUUCCCUGGGACCAAAUCCUGAGCCCAGCUUGCCUGCCACGCCACCAUGUUUUGAUGUCACUGUCAUGUUCUUUAAACUGCCAUUAUUUGGACACAUUUUAUGAUCGUUAUAAAUGUGUGGCCACUUUUUAUGUUGUACAGUGUGAUGUCCUUAUCUAUGUUUAGCUAGAGGUGUUUUUAUGGUUAUUUCCUACCUGAACCUUUUCUUUGUAUGUACACAGUUCUAUUUCGACUUUCUUUAUCUGACGGUGUUGACACCAAAGUACUGCUUUUGGACUGAUUAUAUUCUCUAAUAGUUUGAGAUGAUAUGUUUGAGGGUUGGGCUUGAUAGCCUGUGUUUAUUUUCACUCAAGCUACGCUUUACAUUUCCAAUAAAUAUUCUAAAACACUG